AAACCGGCAUCGGUGCUGUUUGGAUCAGGCUCUCUCCCGCAUCUCGACGCGCAGCGUGCGUACCAGAGACGCGUGCUUCCGUGUUUGAAGCUUUCGCGGAACUUGCAAAUAUCAUGUGAACAAUUGUGAUUUCUAAACUACGUUCGCACCGCUAGAAAACAAACUUUUUGACAACUUUUUCCGAAGGAUAACUACAAUCAAUUUUCAAUCAUGAAGGACAACAUGAAGUUAACAGUUUAAAAGUACACGCACAGAGACAUUGCCGAAGCAAUAUAAUUAAAAUCAACAAAGUAAAAAUAAAAAAGUGAAUCAACGAUGCAUCGCAACUCACCAAUGGGAAAUUUAGUCAUCUUGGGUUUAUUAUGCCUCCUGCAACAACGAGCACAAGGUUACCAACACACGUUGCAACAACCUCCGAGAAUCACCGAGCAUCCGAUUGAUGUGACUGUGGCAAAAAACGAACCUGCAACGUUGAACUGCCACGCAACUGGUGAACCAGAACCGACGAUCACAUGGUACCGCGAUGGUGUACCCGUACGCACUGCAACGCAAGACCAGCGCAGUCAUCGUGUCCUCUUGCCGGCUGGCAGUCUCUUCUUUCUGCGCGUUGCACACGGCCGCAAGGAGUCCGACAGCGGUGUCUACUUCUGCGAGGCGACCAAUGCGCUAGGCAAGGCGCGCAGUCGGAACGCGACGCUCACCGUUGCCGUUCUGAAGGAUGACUUUCGUCUGGAACCGCAGAACGCGCGCAUUGCCGCCGGCGAAGACGUUGUGUUGGAGUGCGGACCACCAAAGGGAACCCCGGAGCCAACAGUCACGUGGCGCAAAGAUGGGCACACGUUGGAAAUCGAGGGACGGCUUAAGUUGGUCGAUGGCGCUAGCUUGGCGAUCACCGAUGCACGUAGCAGCGAUGAUGGACGAUAUCAAUGCAUUGCGAAGAACACUGCAGGUGUUCGUGAGUCUGCUAGUGCAUUCAUCAAAGUGCAUGUAAAACCAUUUUUGAUAAAACCACCUGAAGACUUGACCACCUUGGUUGGGUCAAGUGUUGAAUUCACUUGUGAAGUUGGUGGGGAUCCUUUACCGGACGUCCUCUGGAGGCGUCAGGCUCCUGGUGGGGCAAUGCCUCUCGGCCGUGUACGCGUUUUAGAAGAUCGUAGUCUUCGUCUCGAACGGGUGACCCUUUCAGAUCAAGGCAAAUACAUUUGCGAAGCGGACAAUGCAGCAGGUGAUCUGUCUGCCAGUGCGACGCUGACAGUUCAUGCGUCACCAUCGUUUAGUACUCGGCCCUUGGCCCAAACUGUAGAAGUUGGUCAUGAGGUAUCAUUUCACUGCAACGCACAUGGUAGUCCCAAACCGUUUAUUUUCUGGUCCUUUGAGGGCGAUCGUACUUUAAUCUUUCCUGGUACCAACUCCGGUAGCUAUGAAGCGUUUAUUACCAGUGAAGGUCAUUCCACGCUUCUUUUGAAAAAUGCUCAAGUGGUCCAUUCGGGUACGGUUAUCGUAUGCUCGGCGGUAAAUGCGGCUGGUUCAGUUUCAACUAGAACCAGACUGACUGUUUCCUCCAAAGAAAGUUUUCCACCGCCGGUGAUAAUCCGUGGACCUGUCAAUCAAACACUGCCUAUUAAUUCGGUUGCGGUUUUGACCUGUGAAGUGAUUGGAAAUCCGGAACCCGUGAUUUCCUGGUACAAGGAAGGAAUACCUGUUCAAAGCUCAAUGAGAAUUAACUUUACAAAGUCGGGGAAUCUUGAGAUUUCUCAUCUGAAUCCAAAUGAAGAUUCGGGAGUGUACACAUGUGUGGCCUCCUCCAAAAGUGGAAAAGCAACCUGGACCGGUUAUUUGAAGGUUGAAAAUCCGAAAAAUCCAAAUAUCAACUUUUUUAAAGCUCCUGAAGCUGUGAUGUUGCCAGGCCCGCCCAGUAGACCACACGCGCUCAAUCAAUCUGAAACAAGCGUGACUAUAACCUGGGGACAAAGUAAUCGAAUCGGUUCAUCCAGCUUGCUUGGUUAUCAAAUUGAGUUGUUUGGAAGAGAAGAGGGUGUGAUACCUACCUGGACAAUAGUUGCGCGUAGGGUUCUGGGACCUACUUUUACUCAACAUUUGUUAACCCCUGGAAUUCCUUACACGUUUCUUGUGAGGGCCGAAAAUGCGCACGGAUUGGGUGCAGCUUCCGAUUUAUCUGAACAGAUUUUUGUGGGCAAUGACGCCGCGGCUCAAAAUUGGGGAAAUCCAGAGGUGACUGAGCUCAGCGAAGCACGCGCCAAUCUAAUCUCUGGAAGUAUAAUCAGAUUAGUUGAAGUCAUACCAGUUUUAUCAACAGCAGUCAAAUUAAACUGGGAUAUUCUUGAUCCACUUUAUGUGGAAGGACUAUACAUCUACUACAUAUCCCUAGAUAGUGCACCUGACCUUCCUAAAAGUUAUAGCAUGUUGACUGUUUUACACACUGGAACGUCAUCUGGAUUUACCGUCAAUAAUCUGAACAAAUGGUCGCGUUAUGAAUUCUUUAUCGUGCCUUUUUAUAAGACCAUUGAAGGACAGCCAUCAAACUCUCGAACUGUUCGUACUUUGGAGGAUGUACCUUCGAAACCUCCAAUCAACAUGGAAGCAAUCCUCUUGAAUGCGAGUGCUGUCAAUUUGCGAUGGAAAAGUCCUCCAAUGGCGACUCUCAAUGGAGAACUACAAGGUUAUAAAGUAGAGGUGCAUUCCAAUGGUACGGAAACUUCCAGUAUAGCAACUGUUGGUACAGCUCCAACUCUACUCCUGGGCAAUUUAACAUCAGGGGUCUCUUAUAAUAUUCGUGUAGCUGCUCUGACACGAGCUGGGUUGGGACCUUACUCUCUACCAGCAACACUUCGAUUGGAUCCGGCGAAUGCUCUGGACCACCAUCAACGCCCCAUCAACUCCAAUCUGGAACCGGUGGACUUUAUCACUGAAACAUGGUUUAUGGCUCUUUUAAUAAGUAUGGUGACUGUGAUGGUACUUCUCUUUGCUGCAAUGCUGCUGGUGCGUCGAAGACAAUUGCUUUCCAAAAAGGCUUUACCUCAAAGUCGGUCGAAUGGUGGAGUUCUUACUACGCCAAUCAAUGGCAAGCUUGAUCCGCCUCUGUGGAUGGAUAAAGACAAUUUACCAGAUUACACCAGCACCCUGCCCGGCUACGCUAAACUUAGUCAACAGCCGGACUAUUACAACAAUAGUUUGAAUGGAGUUGGUCCGAAGGGCAAGGGUAAAAAUGGCUUGAGCAUCAAUUUGCACACGAAUCCGUUGCAUCAGGAGAAGUACAGCCGGCCUAAUCAGUUGGAUUAUGAUUGUGGCAAGGAUUACGGCAACAUGCAGAUUGUGCAGGAAUAUGCAAGUCCGAACGUUGAGAAUCGCAACGGCGCGAUUGCAGAUUACGCCGAGGUGGAUACGAAUUUAAGUGGAAUUAAUGGCGGGGCAGUUUCACCGGCACCGUAUGCUACCACUACUUUGGUCACUGGCAAUCGACGAAUUGGAAAUUCAAUGAUUUGGAAUCCCAAUAACAAUCAUGGUAUUUCCACGACUGCAAGCGCAUUGGACGAGGACGUUUAUCCCGCUUCUAAUGGAGGCUACUAUAAUCGUAAGGUCUACUCGGAUUCCUACUUUGCUCCGAAUAACAGCAACCAGCAGACGCUGAAGAGACAUUCGAAAAAGGAAAGAAAGAAUGCUAACCAGCCGGAUUUGGUGUCGCCUAAUAAUCAGCCGGUGUACGCACGUGUCGGACCUCCUGGAAUGUCCUGGCGUGGCCCAUCCCCGCAGUUGAGCAGUUUCACACCAUCCCCUCAUCAUAAACAGCUGUAUCACCCGUCGACCCGCAGUGAACCGGGCAACAUGUUGUAAAGUAAAAAUUAAGGAACUAAAUAUUAAGCUACAUUAUUAAGAGUUAGGCAGGAUUAUCAGAGACAUUAAGUAUCUGGGAGGGCAGCGAAUUGAGGUAUAAUAUGAGAGUAUGAUGUCAUCAGCAUCAAUGGAGGGAGACUAUCCGCCAUUAAUCGAGCUAUUAUACCAAUAAGAGACGCGUGGUGAAGCAGUUUUCUUGUCGAUCUAUGUUGGCGUUGUCUCGUUGUUACUUGUUUGUAGGUUGCACGUGCGGGCGGGCGUUAUCGUCGCUUUGAAGGAAAUUCAUUGCAUUCGUCGUAUUUUUAUGAACGUCUUUAAGUCGGGCUGCGACGAGCCAUCAUAAUAACAAGCAUCGACACCGACAGCUAACGCCGAAAGUAUUUGCUUAAUUGCGUCGCGUCUUUUUGCAUGCAAUUGCAAGUUGUUUGCGAUUGUGAAAUUGUUUUUCGAGCGAGCUGAGCGUGAUCGCAAAGCCCGCUGUCGACGUCGUCGUCGUGCGCGGCAUAAAUAAAAUAAGUGGAAACAUUAUUAUCUAUCGGCUAUUAAAUGGAUAAUAUUUUACAUGCGCGCGACGGCGGGCGUUUUUUCCGCCGACCGAACGAAAUAACUAUGCGCAAAAUGUGACAAAUAAUAGAGACACAAAUGGUAAUAAUAACGACGUUUGCAUUAAUAUUCAUUUUCGUGUACUUAAAUUAGAUACACGUCACCAAACUCAAUGUCGCACGAUGGAAAAUCAUAGCAUUGCGAUAAUGCCAUUCUUCGAAGUUUUUUGCAAGUAAAAUUUUUGGUUACGCAUUCAAUUUACAUUUAAGCAAAGAUAAAAACCCAACACCUAACACACAAAAAAAAACUACAAAAAACACAAACGGAACUGAACUUUUUGAAAAUGAAAAUCCAAGCCUUCCAAAAGUAAUUAAAACUUAAUAAAUUACGUCAUUAUCAGAGAGGCUAUCGUGUGUUUUAUUUUAUAAGUUGAUAUUGUAAAUAUUGAAAUAUAUUUUAAGUUAUGAUCAGGAAAGCCUCAGAGGCUUUAUGUAUACCUACAUACAGUGGUAGUCAUGUAAACUAAACAGAACUAGGCUAAAAUAAGUAAACUAAGUAGAUUGUAAUUAAGUGAACGUCCAUGAAAUAGUGAUUUAACUUAUUUAGAAAAAAGUGGGGAAAGUAAUUUGAAAAAUGUGCAGCACGCGUACGAAUAUUUCACUUCGGUUAACUGUACAUAAUUAUUUAAAAUAUUUCAGUUCGGACGUCAUACUUGUCGGCUUGCAAACAUUAGUCACUUCUUUGAAACAAUCACACUUGAUGAAUAUUUACUUCGAUCUGAAGAUAAACAUAUCCAAUAAGAAUGAUUUAAUUAUCAUUGACUUAUUUUCAAUUUCUUAGUCAGUGCUUAUUGUUUAUAAAACAUUUAACUGUAAAAGAAGCAACAAUCAGUGCAUGGGUGAUCCAGGUGAAUUCUAAAAAUGAUAUCGCGUGUGCGCAACUUAAAAAUGAACAUGAAAUCAAGUGAAAUUAGAAAUUAAAAUCAUGAUAAUGUACAUUAGAAACGCUAAUUAUUAGAAAUACUCUUAUAUCUUACUCGACUUUCCACCUAAAACUUAUUUACCUAACAUGUAGUACUCGCUGAACUUUCUUAUAACUGCGAUUUAUAACUGGAAGCUAUUUAAAUGGUCCUAAAGCAUGUAAAACUUAAAUUUGUAAAGAAUAUCAACAAUGCUGUUGGAAAUUGGAUACAUAUCAUGUUUUUCCACGAGAAAACUUUAUUUUGUCACCCCGUAUGAUAAUCUAUCAAAUCAUUUCACGUGUAUCGAAGCGUAGAUGCUGUAAUUAAACAUGUAAAAAUCCCUUUUGUAAAUACUGUAGCAAAUACGCAAAGAAGCAGUCGUUGAAUGAUAAGUGUUCAAGAAUGCAAACGAUAUUUGAAAACGACGCACGAAACAGGCAAUUAAAAAUUACACCGAACAUUGAAACUUUGAAAUCGUGUUACAUUGUAAAAGUAUAACAUUACAAUGUAAUAUUGUAAAUCAUCGGCGUGCUAUUACCAUAAAGUUGACUUGAGUUUUUUGUAGGACAAUAUCAGCAUAUAUUACCAUUAAACAAGUAAUGAUUGUUUAAAUUUAAUUCGUUCUAGAGCGCGCCUGGUGUUUACGUAUUACUGGACAUAUUACAAAAAACCGAAACAUUUUCUAUAGAGCCUAAUAUAUUGAAUUAUUUGUGCAUACAGCAGCUAGAAUGUGGGACGUGCACUUGGAUUUGGUUUAUCAAGUACCAGUCAUAUAAUAUUUUGGUCGAAAACAAUUUGUGUCCAAAAUAUUUACCUUUAAUGCGAAAAUAUUUGUGUAAAAUUAUUUGUUUGCACUGUUAAUGCUGUUUAUUUAAAUGUAUUAAAUAUUUUGGGCGCGGAUUUAAAUUGAAAACGAAAAUUUUUCACUCGCAUUCGACAACAGAAAAAAGUGGUAAAACUUUGUCUCGCAUUAUUAUUAUCUUUUGUUUGCAAUUCGCGCUGUUUUCUUGCUGCGUUGCUCAACGAUGUACGUGGACGCAUGCAUACGUGUACCGGAGUAACAAGUGUAGCACAAUGUAAAAUAAAAUUCAAAUAUUUGUUUUUCCGCGCCGGCUGAAGCGCCCAGCCAGUCUUUGUUUGAUAUUUUUUUAAUCUACGCCAGGUAAUGCCGGUAAUUUCGGCUUUCGUCACUGGUGUCUAUCUGGUGUUUGACGAAUAAACCAAAUCUCGGCACUCGUUCGGUAGCGCACAAAAGCAGAAGCGAGACGUGCAUUAACGUUAACAUAUUUUUAUAAACAAAAAAUGAAUGCUGAUGAAUUUUGAACUUUGACGAGAAUUAAUCAAGCAUUGACUUGUAUUGACUAUAUAUAUAUUGACUAUUGUAAUUCAAACAUGUGCCACACGUCGAAAAUACCGACUAAGCGAUAUUGAUAUUGACUAAUUAAUAAUGUUGUAUAUGUGUAUUGAUAACGUAAUUAAGAAAUAUAACCAACUUAGAUAUUGAA